UUUAAGAAGAAAAUCAAACAAAGGGAGAAAGAGAAGAGACUAUGGCUGACGGUGAGAAUAGCGGAGGAGGAGAGCUUGCAUUGAGCAAGAAAGUUGCGGAAGGCGGCGGUGGAAGUGGACUCACGGUGGCGGAGAAGGCUAGGGCCUCUCCAUUUUAUCUCCAUCCUUCUGAUGGACCGGGUAAUUUAAUCACUACUGUUCAAUUGAAGGGAGAAAACUAUGAAGAUUGGGCAAAGCAUGUGCGGAACGCCUUGCGAACUAAACGAAAAUUGGGAUUCAUUGAUGGAACCUUGGAGAAACCUACCAAGGAAGAUGAGAGGGAACAGUGGGAGGUUGUGAAUUCCAUGCUCGUUGCUUGGAUAAUGAAUACAAUUGAGCCUACACUACGGACUUCGAUAUCGAUGGUGGAUGAAGUGCAAGUGUUGUGGGAUGACCUAAAGUUGACAUUCUCGGCUGGGAAUGGACCGCGAAUCAGUGAACUUCGAGCUGAUAUCGCAAAUUGUCGACAGAAUGGAGACACGGUGAUGGCAUAUUAUGGUAGGCUAAAGAAGAUGUGGGAUGAAUUGGCCAUUUAUAAGCCUAUACGGACGUGUAGCUGUGGAGAGUUGGCUACACAAUUGGAAGAAGAUCGCAACGAAGAACGUACAAACACGUUCCUCAAUGGCUUAGAUGCAUCUCGUUUUGGUACGGUACGGUCUACAAUUACCAGCAUAGAGCCUCUUCCUAAGCUGUCCCAAGUUUAUCAGAGAAUUGUUCGGGAAGAGAGACAACAAACAAUGACAAGUAACAAAGAAGCAGCGCCUGAGGCGGUAGGAUUCUCGGUGAAUACGGUGGGUGCUGGGAAUACUGGUUUUUCUUCCACGUAUCAACAACGUGAGAAAGAUGUGACUUGCACAUAUUGUGGCAAGUAUGGGUAUGCGAAAGUUGAUUGCUUUCAGCUACUUGGAUAUCCUGAAUGGUGGGGUGAACGCGGUCGUGAUAACAAUGAACGUGGUAGGGGACGUGGUCGGACUGGACGUGGUGGUGGCACGGUUGGUCGUUCUGGACGAGGUAGAGGAUAUGGUGGUCGGGCUAAUGCGGUUGCGGGAGUACAUGCCAAUAUUGUUGGCGGAAUACAAGCCAAUUCCACACGCCAACCAACUGACUUUGAUCGCCAGUCUCUCCCUCAGCUUAAUAAUGAUCAAUGGACUGCUCUUAUGACUUUGUUUCAGUCUCAAAAUUCGACGUCAAAUGAGAAGUUGAAUGGUAAGACAAAAUGCAUUGAAUUUAUUAUUGAUACAGGCGCAUCACAUCAUAUGAUUGGGAACUUAGACUACUUGUCUAAUGUGGUGAAUACAAAUCCAUGUGUAAUUGGAUUGCCCGAUGGAGAUCAUGUGAUGGCCACGAAAAUGGGUGAUGUAUGCUUGGGAGGAGAUUUAUGGUUAAAUUGAGUUCUAUAUUCAAAGGAUUUAACAAGCUCGUUGAUUUCUGUUGCAAAACUGUUGAAAACCAUUAAGGGAUCUAUCACAUUUACUGAUGAGUUAUGUGUUAUACAGGACCGUACUAUGAAGACGCUGAUUGGCGCAGGUGAAGAGUGUGGGGAUGUGUACGUGUUUCGAGGGGUGAUCGGGUCGUAGAUUCAUAAGA